AUCCACACCAUCGCGUGUCCCAUUCCGUAAGCAACCUCCGCCCGCGAUAGAAAGCCGGAAAAAAGUCGCCGAAAAGGAGCAGAGGGGAUCGGUUCGGAUCCAAGGAAGCGGACGCCCAAAGCUGCGCCCCGAAUCUUCGCCGCUCCUGCCCGCCCGCCUUUCCCGGUGGCGAGGUCUGCGGCGGCGGCGGAGCGGCGAUCCGGUUGUCUGGCCCGGCGGGAAUGCGCGCCGGGAUCUAGGGCGGCGGCAAUGGGGGCUCCGCCGUCCACGAUGCGGGCGCUAUGGGCGCCGCUGCUGCUGCUGCUGCUCCUCCUCGGCCCGGCCGCGCGCGUGCUCGCUAACAUGGAAGGUGAUGCAUUGCAUAACCUGAGAACUAACCUAAAUGAUCCCAAUAAUGUGCUGCAAAGUUGGGAUCCAACUCUGGUCAAUCCAUGCACUUGGUUUCAUGUUACCUGCAACAACGACAACAGCGUUAUCAGAGUUGAUCUUGGAAAUGCUGCAUUGUCUGGUACUUUGGUGCCGCAACUGGGCCAGCUCAAAAACUUGCAGUACUUGGAGCUCUACAGUAACAACAUCAGUGGUACAAUACCUAGUGAACUUGGAAACCUCACAAACUUGGUCAGUUUGGAUUUGUACUUAAACAACUUCACUGGUCCGAUACCUGAUUCAUUGGGGAAUCUAUUGAAGCUACGAUUCCUGCGUCUUAACAACAACAGCCUUUCGGGUACCAUUCCUAAAUCAUUAACUGCUAUUACUGCCCUCCAAGUUCUGGAUCUGUCGAACAACAAAUUGUCAGGAGAAGUUCCAUCAACCGGUUCAUUUUCAUUAUUCACCCCUAUCAGUUUUGGCAACAACCCCGCCUUAUGUGGUCCUGGAACUACAAAGCCAUGCCCUGGCGCUCCUCCGUUCUCCCCACCUCCUCCAUAUAACCCUCCAACUUCUGUGCAAUCACCAGGAAGCAGUUCCUCUAGUACUGGAGCAAUUGCUGGUGGAGUGGCUGCUGGUGCGGCCUUGCUAUUUGCCAUUCCUGCAAUUGGUUUUGCAUACUGGCGCCGAAGAAAACCAGAAGAGCAUUUCUUUGAUGUACCUGCUGAGGAGGAUCCAGAGGUCCAUCUUGGCCAGCUCAAAAGAUUUUCACUACGAGAACUGCAAGUUGCUACUGAUACCUUCAGCAACAAGAACAUUCUUGGAAGAGGUGGAUUUGGCAAAGUGUACAAAGGAAGACUAACAGAUGGUACACUAGUAGCUGUCAAGAGGCUGAAGGAGGAGAGAACACCUGGUGGGGAGCUGCAGUUUCAAACAGAAGUUGAGAUGAUUAGUAUGGCUGUACAUAGGAACCUUUUGCGUCUUCGUGGAUUCUGUAUGACGCCAACAGAAAGGUUGCUUGUGUAUCCAUACAUGGCUAAUGGAAGUGUUGCAUCACGUCUAAGAGAACGGGGACCAGCUGAACCGCCACUGGAGUGGCAAACGAGAAGAACAAUUGCAUUGGGUUCUGCCAGAGGCCUCUCUUAUUUGCAUGAUCACUGUGAUCCAAAGAUCAUCCAUCGUGAUGUGAAAGCUGCAAACAUUUUAUUAGAUGAAGACUUUGAAGCUGUAGUGGGGGAUUUUGGUUUGGCCAAAUUAAUGGAUUACAAGGAUACCCAUGUGACUACUGCUGUGCGUGGAACGAUUGGGCAUAUUGCACCAGAAUAUCUUUCCACGGGAAAAUCAUCUGAGAAAACUGAUGUAUUCGGUUAUGGAAUUAUGCUUUUGGAGCUUAUUACAGGACAGCGUGCCUUUGAUCUUGCUCGCCUUGCCAACGACGACGAUGUCAUGCUACUUGACUGGGUCAAAGGAUUACUCAAGGAGAGAAGGCUCGAGAUGUUGGUGGAUCCAGACCUACUGACUAACUACAUUGAUGUUGAGGUGGAAUCGCUAAUCCAGGUCGCACUCCUUUGCACACAGGGUUCCCCCUCAGAGCGUCCUAAGAUGUCGGAGGUGGUGAGGAUGCUUGAAGGCGAUGGUCUGGCUGAGAGGUGGGAGGAGUGGCAAAAGGUAGAAGUAGUACGGCAGGAGGUAGAGAUGGGCCCUCAUCGAAACUCGGAGUGGAUCGUUGACUCGACCGACAACCUCCACGCAGUCGAGUUAUCAGGGCCAAGGUGAUGAUGGCUGCUGUUAGUUAGUUAAUCGUAUUUUGAAGCGUAAGCGUUAAGAGUACUUGCAACAACCGUCCUAGUAGAAUUCCCCAUUUGUUCAUAUCUAUCAAUGGGAAAAAAAUGUAGGGUCAACCACAAUAUAUUUUGAUGUAUAAUGCUUGGUUGCUUCCCUGAUGCCCGUGAAAGUUGGAAGCAGUGUUCAACUGAGCAAUUGCUGCACCAGUGGACCUCUAUGUUCAACUUGACAAGGUGCUAGGGGCUAGGUGCUGAUUGGUUGGGUCUGUGUUAAUCAUCUAACUAGUUUGUGCCACGAAAUGUAAGGAUGGCAAUUAUUAUGUGUAUCUCUUCUCCUUUGGAAGUUCCAUAUGGUAUUAGCACUCUU